AUGCACACGGGCCUCUGUCUCAUUAGGAAGCAAGCAGCAGCAGGGGCCCCUUUGCUGCUGCAGCAGGGGGCCCCCCAAGUGCUGCACAGGGGGCCCCUCUUCCGUUUGCUGCCGCAGUUUGGCUCGAAUAGCUGCUUCGGAGAUGUCCAGAGAUUUUUCGGGGGAGGUGCAGCAGCUGCAGAAGCAAGCAAGGCAGCAGCAGUAGCUGCUGCUGCUGCUGCUGCAGCACCAACUGCAGCAGCAGUGGCUGCUGGUGCUGCAGCUCCUGCAGCAGCAGCAGGAGUUGCUGCUGCUGCAGCACCUGCAGCAGCAGCGGGAGUUGCUGCUGCUGCAGCACCUGCAGCAGCAGCAGGAGUUGCUGCUGCUGCUGCUGCCGCUGCAGCAGCACCUGCAGCAGCAGAUGCAAACACGGCGGAUGCCCGUAACGUGGCGGCUGCGAGCCGCGACAGCAGCAGCAGCCAGCAGGACAGCAGCAGCAGCACGGAAAGCAGCAGCAGCAGCAGCAGCGACAGCAGCAGCAAAGGCGCCAGCAGCCCAGAGCAAGUUGGCAGCAGCAGCAGCACUCCCGGCGGAAGCUCAGAAGGGCGCAAAAUAGAAGAUGGCAGCAGCAGCGGCAGCGACAGCAGCAGCAGCAGCAGCAGCAACGGCAGCAGCAGCAGCAGCAGCAGCAGCAGCAGCUCGUGGUGGCCUGUGCGGUUGACAUGGACCAGUGGUCUUGCUGCUGUUUUUGGGGCCUCUUUUAGCGCCUGGUUUUUGUAUGAAGUCGUCGAAAGUGACUUUAAUGUGGCCAAAGCUGAGUGGCGUAUGAGCCGCAAAGUGCGGAAGCUGUUUGUUGGCGAAGACCCUUUGCCUCGCGCUGCAGUGGCCAGCAAGUACAAGACGGCACUGUCUCAAGAAGCUGCUGAUGAAUUGGCUCUUUAUUUCAUUCAGCUGGACAUCGACAAGCCUAAUGGAGUUCGCCGUAGCGACGCGCUGGGUCUCGUAGCCUCACUCGGCUUUGACCCCAAAAACAAAAUCUGCGGCAACUUCGUCCGCAGCGGCAAGGGCAGGCCCAUCGUGAGCUGCAGCUAG